GAGCCCUGGAGCUCAGAACUCAACCUGAAGCGGCCUGCAGUGCGUCGAAAUCGAAUCUUGAAUCUCCCCUCUCGAGCUCGCCCACUCGAUCCAACUCGCUCUGUCCAUCUUUCCUGCGUUGUGCUCACCUAGCCACCUUUCAAGAUGAUGUCCUCCAGGCUCAUGCGGCCCGCCUUCGCCGCCGCGCGCCGCACAGCAGCUCCCAAGACUGCUUUCCGAACCUACGCAGCAGCAGCUCAGGGACAGGCCGUCGACCCGAAACCCCCUGUGCCGCUGUUCGGACUUGAUGGAACUUAUGCAAAUGCUCUGUACACGGCCGCCGCAAAGACCAACGUGCUGGAACCGACCUCCAAAGCGAUCGCCAGCCUGACCCAGAUUCUCAAGAGCGACCCGAAACUGCAGACGAUCUUGUCGGCCCCAACCCUGUCUGACACGGACAAGUCGCAAAUUGUGGCGGAGCUGGAGAAACACACCGGUGGCGCCGACAAGAGCGGCACGGUCAAGAACUUUUUGUCCGCUCUCGCCGAGCACAACCGGCUCAGCCUGCUCGAGGGAGCCUGUGAGAAGUUUGGCACCUUGAUGAGCGCCGCCCGUGGUGAGAUGGAAGUCGUUGUUACCAGUGCUCAGAAACUCGACGACAAAACCCUCAAACGCCUUGAAACCGCCAUCUCGAAAUCCGAGUAUAGCCAGGGCAAGAAACUCAAGGUGACGAGCAAGGUGAACCCGGAUAUUUUGGGCGGUUUGGUCGUGGAAAUUGGCGAGCGCACCAUCGACCUCAGCGUGUCUGGCAAGAUCGCCCGCUUGAACAAGAUGUUGACCGAUACCGUGUAAAAAUGUCGUCACCCGGACACCCUCCCCGAGCAAGACGGAGGCGCCGCGGACCUUCUCCACAACUGCAUGGCACAGCUUUCAAAUGGGUUAUUUUGACUGGAAUGCUAAGAUGAAGAAAAUAAAAAAUUGAAAAGCUGAAAGAUGGGACGCAGCGGUGGGGGAAUGCGAUGUUAUUCUUGGUAGAGUCCUCCUGUGCAGACCGACACAAACUCUCUCUGCCUCUGUUUUCUCGGGAAUGAAAUAUACAUCACCAUCAACAUCAAUGCUCCAUUCUGGCCAGUCGAGCGACCAGACUGUUCAAGUGAAUGUUCGAGACAACGAAUCUGCAUAUAGCAUGCCAUCCCAUCCCGUUCCAUCUGCGUGUCGACCGCGGGUUUAUCUGUCUCUCUUCUCCCCAACCUAACCUCCAUGUGUCUGAGCCGGGUUGAAGAUUCUUACUUCUUUUCUUUUUCUCACCCGUCUCCAGACUGGUCCUAGUAUGUGUUU